AUGCGAUUACUCAUUAAACUAGCAGACGAAUUCGGUGUUGCUGUAGUAAUAACAAAUCAGGUAUUUGAGGGGGUUGUAAAAUCUAAGCGCAGAAAUGUUUACCUUCAUGUUGUUGCUCAAGUCGACGGAAGUGCCAUGUUCCAAAUGGAUGCCAAGAAACCUAUAGGUGGAAAUAUAAUUGCUCACAUGAGCACGACAAGGUUCGUAUUGGGCUUGCGCAAAGGUCGUGGCGAGACGAGGAUUUGCAAAGUACACCAAAGUCCUAGCUUACCAGAGGCCGAAGCAACAUUUGCUAUCACUUCAAGCGGAAUAGAUGAUGCACCUGAAUGA